UCAGCGAUAAUUUUCUUUCAGUUACAGUACUCGUAUCAAACAAUUAAUGUAUUCAAAGUUUGUUGCCACGCGUUGAGUUUUGAUUCAGCUGUAUCAAAAUGAUGCAGCACCAGUAUUGGGUAACUAAGAAGACUGUGCUGAAAAAACUAGGAACCAAAGAAGACGAGUGUAUAGUUUCAUCCGAUGCUGAGUUAGAUGCGAAAUUGGAAUUGUUUCGAUCAAUAUCAGAUAGUUGUUUGCAAUUACAAAGAGUUUUAGACCAAUAUCAGGAGCGUUUGUGCGUGUUAGCGCAAGAGGAGAACGCUUUAGGGAAGUUUUUGCGUGAUUCGGGUAAGAGUAAUGACGCGGCUGGUAAACACAUGGUAUCGGCUGGCAAGGCGAUAUCGUACUCGGGGCAGCAGCGUCUGUCUGUGAGAGGGCCUUUGUUAAGGUUGUACCAUGAAGUGGAGACAUUCAGAGGACGCGCAGUGAGUGAUAUGAGGGCGACUGUGUCUGCUAUGGAGAAGGCUCGCAUUGAGUAUAGAGCUGCAUUGAGUUGGAUGAAGUCCACGAGCGCCCAGCUAGAUCCAGACACGGGACGUGGACUGGACAACUUCAGGAAAGCACAGAGACAAGUUAGAGAGAGCAAGAAGAUUUUUGAUAAGCUAACACUUGAUGUGCUGCAGAAGAUUGAUCUUCUAGCUGCAGCUCGUUGCAACAUGUUCUCCCACGUCCUAACAAACUACCAAAGCUCAUUUUUAACAUUUGGUACAAAAGUGUCUCAAACACUCCUGGCAACGGCUGACACAAUGGAUGCUAAACCUAUGUACGAGUUCUGUAUACUUAAGGAGUUGUCACAGAACUUAGGAGAGGGGGAAGGGGAACAGAAACCAGAGGAGAUAGUACCACAGGAUAAGGAUCAAAUGCUAUUUUUCCAGGACGAAUACAAGGAUGACAAUGACAACAACCGUAAGCCAAAACCCACAGAACCCAAGAAUGACGAAGAAGAUGUCAAACCUAAUGCAGACAAAGUUGAGGCUCCGGAUUCGGCUAAUCUUAUAGAUGUGGCGGAGAUGGGUGAAGAAAGCGGUAUUAGCGCUGAUUUGGCAGGGUUGAGGAUGGACUGUGGUGAUGUGGCUAGCAACUUUGGGAUGUUCAUGCCUUCGCAGCUGUUACAGGAUAUGAAUGCAACCAGUUUAAUGGAAGAAACCCUUAUACCAGUGAAUCCUGAAAAAACCCAUCCUCCGGAAUCUAACGAGCCAAACGCUUCCAAACCAAAAAUCAAUCCAAAGAAAGAAGACAAAGCCGCUUGGUUCAAGCUCUUUGCAGAACUGGAUCCUCUGGCAAACCCGGACAGCCUUCUCGGCUCUAAUAACAACCAGAGUCAUGCAGCUUAAGUAUCUAGAGGUAGGUGACUGAAUGGUUUUACUGCAUUUGAUUUUCUACGCAUGGAUGGAAUAAGAUCUGUGCACAUACCAAAGCGGAGAAAUGUGGCAAAAAGGCCAUGGUGCAUAGCUAAGUGGACAAACUCUUACGAUAGCAUAUUAUCCUUAUCAUAGAGAACUAAUAACAUUGUCUCUGUGUUCCUUAUUAUCUUUCGAAUGUGCGCAACAGAUCCCCAUUGUUUUGCUUUCGAUCGGCGUCUGGCGUCUCGUCAUUUUGGCUAUGCCAGCUAAUCAGAGAAUAACUUCUUUUAUUAUGUUUUUUUUUUUUCAAAUAUGUUACACAGUUGUGUUAUAUGUUAUUAGGCCCCAUUUAGACGGUACGAGAACUCGAAUACGAGUUUUAUUACAUUGCGGUAUUUGAUAGCUGUGCAAAAUUAAUCUAACCUCAACAGCCCGCAAUGUAACUAAAAUCGCAUGCGAGUUCGCACGCCGUCUAAAUCAGGCCUUAUGAUGCAACUCAGAAAAUCGAAUGGAAUAAAAUCAUUAAAUCAUAGGUCCUAUAUGAUUUACGGACUAAUAUAUUAUUUAACCAUAUUGUUUAGGACGCACUUUUACUUUUUGUGUAAACUAUUCACUUUAUUCGUGACCUUAAUUUUAAAUAUACAGGGUGACUCUUAUUGAUGUUUAAAAUACAUGUUUUAUUAAUUUUAGUUUGUAUUAAUGUAUAUAAUAACAUACACCAUUAUCAUUCUAUUUUCUAUUAGCUUAUUACUUUAAUCACUAAUAUAAUUUAAAUCACACAUGACUGAUAAUAACGUGGCUACGUACUACGUAUUUCCACCACAUUAUAAAUUAAACUAUUAUUUCAUUAGGUUCACUAAUAUAAAACAACUCUCAUAAGAACGCAGAUUAUUGUGUUUAGUCUGAUUUAAAUUGGUCCAGUAGACGUAAGGUGACUUUUUGAAAAUAUUUGUGCGCUGUCCAUUUUACUAUACCUUUCCAAAUAAAUACUACUGAUAUCUAGGCCUCGAGAUUUUCCUAGCAUAAGAACACAAAACACAACGCUUGUGACUUUCUUCUGAUAUUUUUGUUUUUCUAAGCGUUAACAUUAAUUGACGAUUGUACUAGAAAAAUCUCAAGGUCUACUGACGUCGCAUACGAUUUGUGAUACAUUGCGGCAUUUGGUCGAUGGAUUGAAUACUUCGCUCCUAACUACGACGGCAAUUUAUCAACAAUCGCAUGCCAUUCGUUGCAUGGUUUGUAGAAGCCUUCUUCAGAAGUUCAUAACACAGUUACCUUUUAUAAUAUUAAAACAGACGCUAUAGUUUUCUGUGUUAUGCAAGAAUAACGAUUUUUUAACGCACGCGAGAUGGUCACAAGACACAUUUUUUAAUUAGUGAUCUACAUAGAAAUAAAUAUUGCUUUUUAAAGUACCUAAGUCUUAAGCAGCUCAAUUUUCAUAAAUGGCAUUACUAAUUAUUGUAUCAUUCGUAGUUUUCUCCAAAUCCGUAAUUUCAAGACUUGACAAUAAGUAUUCUUAAUCUGUUAUUCCUAUUCUGUGUCUAGUCAAAAUUAGAAACUAUGUACUUGAUUUGUAUAGAAGGCAGAUUUUUUGUGGAUAGCGCAUCAUAGUUUGUUACAUCAAUGCAGAUACAUUCCUUACUUGGGUAAUUGGUAUUACUUGUAUAAAUAUUAGUAUAUUUUAGAUGAUCUAUUCUAAAAACUAUCAACGAAAUCAAUGUCAUCAAUUACGUAUUUUCUAUUAUUACCUAAUUAUUGUAUGUUUUUGCAUAUACCUAUCCAAAACGUAUCCUUGGUCGAGGUAUUAACAUUCCAAUCCAUACUUAUAUUAUAAACUAGCUUUAGCCCACGGCUUCGCUCGCGUUAGAAAGAGACAAAAAGUAGCCUAUGUCACUCCAUCAC